GAAAAAAGAAAAGACAAAGUUGGUGGACUCUUCGCUUUCCGGUCCGGCCGCGCUGAUGAAUACAAAUAGGAAGAAUCAAUUAUGGCGUGCCCAUUCAGCGCCUUAUUUCAUUCCAUAAAAUAAUUGGGCUCUAACUACGGGUUUACAAAGAAUGUUUGCUCAAUUUUCUCUGAAUUUAUUCAUUUUCAGCUACAAGCCCUAGCUUCCCCUGCCUGUCUCUCCAUUGUUUCUCAAUCCAGAUGGAGCAACAGGAGGAUUCCAAGUCUGAAAUAAAGCAGUUGCUGGGAGCUAAAUGUAAUGGCCAUCAAGUUCAUGUUUCUUGCAAUCCAAUUUGCUCAUUCUCGCAGCAAGAACAUAGUAUGUUGGAUUCGAGGCAAAGGUCAAAGUCGACUAUGAAACUUUGUGGACUCAUAAUCUUCUAUGUAAUGGUCAUGGCAGUGGAGACCAUUGGCGGGGUAAAAGCCCACAGCCUCGCGGUUCUAACUGACGCAGCUCACUUGCUUAGUGACGUUGUUGGAUUUUCUAUUUCUCUUUUUGCUGUUUGGGUGUCCGGCUGGGAUGCGACCAAAGAACACUCUUUUGGAUACCACCGACUUGAAGUUUUAGGAGCCCUUAUUUCUGUACAGCUGAUAUGGCUUAUCUCCGGUUUUUUGAUUUAUGAAGCAAUUCAAAGAAUGUUUCAAACAAACGCCAAAGUGGACGGGAAGCUUAUGUUUGCUAUUGCUGCAUUUGGUCUCGUUAUAAACUUCAUCUCAGUUGUUUGGCUUGGCCAUGAUCAUUUUCUCCAUAGCCAUUCAUUUAGUCCAUGCAAGGAUCACGAUCACGAUCAUGAUCAUGAUCAUGAAAUGCAAAAAAUGCAUCCAAGAAAUGAAGAAGAGAGCUUGAAACUGGUAGCAGCAUCCUCAAGUUGCAGCAAACAUUCAAACAUAAAUAUCGAAGGGGCUUACCUGCAUGUGAUAUCUGAUUUGAUACAAUCUGUUGGAGUGAUGAUUGCUGGAGCUAUUAUGUGGUACAAACCAGAAUGGUUGGUGGUUGAUCUUCUAUGUACUAUUUUUUUCUCUAUCUUUGCUCUUAGUACUACGGUACCCAUGCUUAAAACUAUCUUCUCCUUAUUGAUGGAGAGGACACCAAAGGGAGUUGAUAUUGUUCAACUCGAGAAUGGCCUAAAAUCUUUAGCAGGAGUUAAGGAUGUUCAUGACCUGCAUGUUUGGGCUAUCACUAUAGGAAAAAAUGUUUUGUCCUGUCAUGUUGUAGUCGAACAAGGAUUUGACCAGUAUGAAAUUAUUCAGAAGGUUAGGGAAUAUUGUGACACGACAUACAGUAUUCAUCAUGUAACCGUACAAGUUGAACCAGGUUCAUUGUAGAUGGUAUAUAUUACUUAAUUCGUCUUUCUCUCUA